AACGACGCUGUGUUACUCUUAACUUACUAGUAGUACAACAUUUGGCCUAAUAGUACGACCUCUAAUUGCAUAUUAAUAAUGAGUAAACGCUCGGCUUUCCAAACGGAUAGACAAAAAGAGUUGUACUGCGCGUAUAUUACAACAGGGGGCACUUCAAGUAACAAGUCAACGUCAACGCAAGGGUACGUUUCAUCUCAGUUUUUCAGGAUCUUAUCGGCCUCGGUCGUCCUUCCUCUGUUUCAACGUUAGUUUACUCAUAUCGAGCACAUACAUAGCGGCAAAUAAGAUGUACCCUGGGACUGUUGUGGAACGAAGCGGGACCCUUGAAAAUAACGAAGUGUGUUUCUGACAGCUUUCCUCUUUAUGGCGUCUUGUUAGGUGCUUACAUAAUUUGAAAGAAGGUAUGUAAAUACAAUUAACAUGGCGCGCCACUCGAGCUCGUUUCGGCCAGUUAACUUUGUCGUUCCACAACCUAGUUCUGGACAUAUUGACGCUUAGCUUUUUAGCAUUAGCUAGCCAGCCGGGGUGGAAAAAGAACAUGCCCCCGAAGAAGCCAAAGUCGAGGGCCGCCAACGUCUCCAGCUCUCUGGACCUGGAGUCGGAGGAUGUCAGCCUGGAGACCACCGUGCCCACCGCCGAGGAUGUCUCCUCGUCGGACGAGGUGCGGCCGGGGUCGCAGAAGCUCAUCCGACAGCUGAUCGAGAGGAAGGAGCUGCUUCAGAACGUCCAGCUGCUGAAAAUCGAGCUUUCCCAGAAAAACCUCGCCAUAGAUAACUUGAAGGCCGACUACAUGUCCAAGGUGGAGGAGCUGGACGAGAGACUGAAUGAUGCUCUCCAUCAGAAACAAGUGUUGGCGCUGAGGCUGGACAGUGAGCUGAAGCUCGCUCAGGAGGACAACAGAAAGCAGCAGGCUCUGCGCAAGAAGGAAAUGGAUGAAAUCCUGCUCCGGCAGCAGCAGCUGGAGGAGGCCAACCUGCAGAUGCGGGAGAAGGCUGGAGAGCUCCGCCGCUCUCUCCGGGACUUGGACAUGUCGCACGAGCGCUACCUGGAGCUUCGCGACCUCCCCGAAGAGACCGUGUCCAUUCAGGAAUUUGUUGCUGUGCGCUUUUACGAAGCGGUGACUCCGUUACGGGCUCAGGUGGCUGAGCUGAGUGUGAAGAAAGACACUUUGAGCGAAGACCUAGAGAUGCAGCGGACACAAAUGAAGGCCCUGAUGGAGAGCUACGAGGAGGAACGCCGUCUCCGCACGGAGCUGGAGCUAAGGAGCCAGCGACUGACGUUGGAGCUGGCUGACACCAAACAGCACAUCCAAGAUGGGGACUACCGGCGUGAAAACUACCCCAACAUCAAACGCGAGCGUGACAUCUUGGAGGUCGAACUGAAGGAAGUGAAGGGAAGAUUCGAGACCCUGAACUUGACUCACGCGGCCCUCGGCAGGGAGCGAGAGACCCUCAGCAAAGAGAUGGCGACGUUGCAGCAGUCAGUGACGCUGCUGCAGAAGGACAAGGAGUACCUGCACAGACAGAACAUGGAGCUGAGCAUUCGCUGCGCACACGAGGAAGACCGGCUGGAGCGCCUGCAGGUGCAACUGGAGGACACCAAGAAGGCCCGAGAAGAUGCCUAUGAGAAAUAUGUCACAUCCAGCGAUCACCACAAGUCCGAGUAUGAGCGGAAGCUGAGAGACGAGCUCGAGAACAUCCGACUGAAGACCGGUCAGGAAAUCGAUAACCUGCAGAGAACAUCCAGGGAGAUGUACGAGAGGGAGAACAGAAACCUGCGCGAGGCCAGAGACAACGCCGUGCUGGAGAAAGAGCGGGCGUUUGCUGCCGAGAGGGAUACUCAGUCGCGAUACGACCAGCUUCUGGAACAGUUUCGCCAGCUGCAGCUCGGCACCGACAGCAGGGUCGCGCAGUUAUCCAACCAGACCAAGCUGCACUCCUUCGAAGCCGAGCGCGCUCAGCUGAUGAAGGAAGAGACGGACAAGGCUCUGGCCCAGUGCCAGGUGGAGUGUGAGAAGCUGCGCAAAAAACUGGAGGUUUUGACGCAGGAGUUUUACAGGCUGCAGACGUCAUCAGAGAAACGCACGGCGGAGCUUCACGCUCAGAAUGCCGAGCAGGCGUCCCGACUGGAGACGUACGAAAAACUGGAGCAGGAGCUGGACCAGGUCACCAUGCAGGCUGCCGAAAUCGAGAACGAGGAGGAAGCAGAGAGGGUCCUCUUCUCAUACGGCUACGGAGCCAACGUUCCCACCACGGCAAGAAGGAGACUUCAGCAGAGUGUUCACCUGGCCCGCAGGGUGCUCCAGCUGGAGAGGCAGAACACAUCGCUGAGGAGAGACUUGGAGAGACACCAGUCCCAAACAGGCCAGAUAUCCGAGGAGUUGUGCGCAGCCAACCAGCUGCUGGAGCAGACGCAGCAGCCCUACAGCUACCUGAUCGAGACGGUGAGACACAAGGAGGGACAGAUCAACACCCUGAAGCAACGCGUGGCUUCGCUCGAGGACGACGUCACUUCUCUGAGGAAAGAGCGGACGGCUCUGCUGCAGGUGAAGAACAACAUGGCCGCCGAUUUGGAGCGGCUCCUCAACCAUCGGGAGGAGUUAGCCAUGAUGAAACAGGUGCUGAUCAGUAUGCGCUCCCAACAAGAAAACGCCCUCAGCCCCUUGGAGGUGGACAAAGCCAAGCCAGGGACCGCCGGAUCAGGCAAGAAGCGGGACAGCGGGCCCGCCAAGGACGAGUCGCCCGGCAAACCUAAACCCACCGUUUUUACAAAAAGAGAAGCUCCUGAUUGGUUCCAAAAAGUCAAGCAGAAGCCCCCAAAGUGACUCAUUUGUGGAGGGUUUUUUUUUUUUGGUUUGUUUGUUUUUUUUUAAUCACAUUAAAAUGUUUUGACAUCA